GCGGGGCCCGAGCGGAGCGGGCGGGGUGGGCUGUGGACGCGAGGCGGAGCGGGGCCCCACACAGGCCGCGGCGGCUGGCUUGGGCCCCUACGGUCCCGGCGGCGGCUGGAGGAGGAAGCCAGGCGGCUGGAGGAGGAGGGGAGGCGGAGGAGGCCGAGGCUGGAGCGCCGCUCGCCGCAGAAUCACUUCCCGGGCUCAGCAGGGAAAGGUUCCUAGGAGGCGAGUGCGGACGGUAUGCAAAGUUGUGAAUCCAGUGGCGACAGUGCGGAUGACCCUCUCAGUCGUGGCCUGCGGAGAAGGGGACAGCCUCGCGUGGUGGUGAUCGGCGCCGGCUUGGCUGGCCUGGCUGCGACCAAAGCGCUUCUGGAGCAGGGCUUCACGGAUGUCACUGUGCUCGAGGCUUCCAGCCGCAUUGGGGGCCGUGUGCAGAGCGUGAAACUUGGACACGCUACCUUUGAGCUGGGAGCCACCUGGAUCCAUGGCUCCCAUGGGAACCCUAUCUAUCAUCUAGCAGAAGCCAACGGCCUCCUGGAAGAGACAACUGAUGGGGAGCGCAGCGUGGGCCGCAUCAGCCUCUACUCCAAGAAUGGCGUGGCCUGCUACCUUACCAACCGCGGCCGCAGGAUCCCCAAGGACGUGGUUGAGGAAUUCAGCGAUUUAUACAACGAGGUCUAUAACUUGACCCAGGAGUUUUUCCGGCGUGGUAAACCAGUCAAUGCGGAGAGUCAGAACAGUGUGGGGGUGUUCACCCGGGAGGAGGUGCGCAACCGCAUCAGGGAUGAUCCUGACGACCCAGAGGCCACCAAGCGCCUGAAGCUCGCCAUGAUCCAGCAGUACCUGAAGGUGGAGAGCUGUGAGAGUAGCUCACACAGCAUGGACGAGGUGUCCCUGAGUGCCUUUGGGGAGUGGACCGAGAUCCCUGGUGCCCACCACAUCAUCCCCUCAGGCUUCAUGCGGGUUGUGGAGCUGCUGGCUGAGGGCAUCCCUGCCCACGUCAUCCAGCUGGGGAAACCUGUCCGUUGUAUUCACUGGGACCAGGCCUCGGCCCGCCCCCGGGGACCCGAGAUUGAGCCCCGGAGGGAGGGUGACCAUAAUCACGACCCUGGGGAUGGUGACCAACGGGGAGAGGAGCCCCGGGAGGACGGGCGGGAUGAGGAUGAGCAGUGGCCGGUGCUGGUGGAGUGUGAGGACUGCGAGGUGGUCCCGGCAGACCACGUGAUCGUGACCACGUCACUGGGCGUGCUCAAAAGGCAGUACACCAGCUUCUUCCGGCCCGGCCUGCCCGCUGAGAAGGUGGCUGCCAUCCACCGCCUGGGGAUCGGCACCACUGACAAGAUCUUUCUGGAAUUCGAGGAGCCCUUCUGGGGCCCUGAGUGCAACAGUCUACAGUUUGUGUGGGAGGAUGAGGCCGAGAGCCGCACCCUCACCUACCCGCCCGAGCUCUGGUACCGCAAGAUCUGUGGCUUUGAUGUCCUCUACCCACCUGAGCGCUACGGCCACGUGCUGAGCGGCUGGAUCUGUGGGGAGGAGGCGCUCGUCAUGGAAAGGUGCGACGACGAGGCAGUAGCUGAGAUCUGCACAGAGAUGCUGCGCCAGUUCACAGGGAACCCCAAUAUCCCGAAACCUCGGCGAAUACUGCGUUCGGCCUGGGGGAGUAACCCCCACUUCCGAGGCUCCUAUUCAUAUACGCAGGUGGGCUCAAGUGGGGCAGAUGUGGAAAAGCUGGCCAAGCCCCUGCCAUACACAGAGAGCUCCAAGGCAGCGCAUGGAAGCUCCUCAAAGCAGCAGCCCGGUCACCUUUUCUCUUCCAAGUGCCCAGAACAGUCCCGGGACCCUAAUAGGUGCUCCAUAAAGCCCAUGCAGGUGCUGUUUUCUGGGGAGGCCACCCACCGCAAGUACUACUCUACUACCCAUGGUGCUCUACUCUCUGGCCAGCGGGAGGCCGCCCGCCUCAUCGAGAUGUACCGAGACCUCUUCCAGCAGGGGACCUGAGGGCCUUCCUCACUGCCGAGCGUGUUCCUUCAAGAACCACUAACUCGUGACUGCCAGCCCAUUCCCCAUGCUGCCAUAUUCUCCUAACCUCCUAAUCCUCUGUAGGACAGAGUUUUCUCUUUUGUAGAGAUAGAUGCCCUGACUAGCUUCACACCUGGCCCUGUAGCUUUCCUACUGGUCCUGACCAGGGUGGGGCCUGAUAACUUACCUCUUCCUUUGACCCCUGACCUCCCUGUGUAGCCUUGCUCCCCUGCCUCAUUAUUGUAAGUGCCUUCAAUACUUUGCAUUUUGAGAUAAUAAAAAGAGGCUUGCCUUUCCUG